AGUGGGAUCUUUACUGGCAAAGAAGAUGGGCUGGAAAUUCUAUGAUGCUGAUGACUAUCAUCCACUGGAGAACAAAACUAAAAUGUCUCAAGGAAUACCUUUAAACGAUCAGGACAGACACCCUUGGCUUUGCGUGUUGCAUGAAUUAAUAAUGAGAGAAACGACAUCUGGUCUCCACGUGGUACUGGCAUGCUCGGCUUUAAAAAGGGCCUAUAGGAUUACACUGACAACUGGGAAAACCCCUCUCAUUGGUGAAUGUCUUUGUGAAGAGAAUGAGGACCUUUCCUCUUAUACAAUCUUUGUCCACUUGCAUGGGUCAAUGGAAAUUAUCUCCAAGAGACUAGAAAUGAGAACAGGACAUUUCAUGCCUUUAACAUUAUUACAGUCCCAGUUUGAUACACUUGAGCCCCCAGCAGAGCCAGAAAUCUAUAUCACUGUUAAUGUUGAGAGAGAUAUUUCAGAAAUAAUCAUAGAACUACAAGAGACGAUAAAGCAGAAGACCAAUCAGACAGUUUGUAGUAUUUCCAAAUCCAAUGUACUAUUAUAGUGUUUACUUUUUCAGACAUCUUUCCCUUGUGAAUGAGUUCAAGAGAUAGAACAUCUAAUUGUCUCUGAAAGACCAAUUGAACAUCAGUGUUUAUUAUAUUCAUGCCGCCAAGUGCUUUUGUGCCUGAUAUCACUUAUUGCACACAAGUUCUAAAUGUCUUAAUUUUGCUUUUCGAACCAAGAUGGGGGGCAACAGCCAGGAGCAAAAGAAAAAAAGUUAAGUCUUGAUACCGCUCCAAAAAUAGGGAAAUGCUUCAUAAACAAUCUCAUUUCUGUUAUAUAUCUGUUAAAAUAUGUUGUU